AUGGCCGCCGUGACUGGGAAAAGCACGCCGAACUCAGUUGGCGAAAUAUUCAAAAGCAUGUCAUAUGGACCAGCCCCUGAAGCAGCCAACGUUGCACAGGCAUGGUUGGAUAAUCAUGGCAGGAGUCUGGGUCACUUCAUCAACAACCGCUGGGUAAAACCUGAGGGAAGAAAAACAUAUGAAAGCAAGAAUCCAGCAACAGGAGAAAAAUUAACAUCUACUGUGCAAGGAACAGAUGAGGAUGUUGAGUUAGCAGUGUCUUCAGCCAAAAAAGCAUUUGAAUCAUGGAGUACUCUACCAAGCCAUGUCAGAGCUAGAUAUUUGUAUAGGUCAGUUGUACAUUUCACAUUUUCACAUCUGAAUUAUCAAAACAAUCUAAAUCUGUGCACCUCAAGAACAAAUUCCAGAUUUAUUUACACUGACCAGUUAUGUGUGAUUGGUGCAAUUGUUCCAUGGAACUUUCCACUCAUGUUACUUACAUGGAAAGUAGGCCCAGCGUUAGCCAUGGGUAACACAGUCGUUCUAAAACCAGCUACGUAUACCAGAUUGACAGCCUUAUUGUUUGCGGAGAUCUGUGCUGAGGCUGGACUUCCACCCGGUGUGUUCAACGUUGUCACUGGAGAUGGAAGAUUUGGAAGUAAAUUAGCUACACAUCCCAGUGUGGAUAAGGUUGCAUUUACCGGGUCAACACAG